UCAUUCACUCUCCUCGUUCUCUCGCGUGCACCGUUUCUUUGUCUUUCUUCCAAAACUCAUUGAUCUCAUUUACUGCUGCUAUAAAUCUCGAUGGAUUACACUCACUCUCUUUCUGUUGGCGUCAUUUCCAUUUCUACUUUUCUCUCACUACUCCAUCUACCGCCCUUUCCCUUUCCUCACCUGAAUCCUAAUUCGAUCCGCUGGAACUCAAAAAACCACCACAGAGUAGGUGAUUGGAGAAUAGGUGAUAGAUCAAAAGAAGCUGGAUUUCUUUGCCGAACGGAGAGAGAUCCAUCCAUAGAGCAAUGGCAACCAAAGGAUGUAACAAGCUACCGACUAUUUUUGAUCUAAACAAAUCUCUUCAAGACAUCAUAGAGGAGGUCAAAAGAAGAAAUAUUUGUCUCUUUGACAUACUACCAGUUGUUAAAUCAGACUUGCUAGUUCCAUUAGUGGAGGAACUAUUAAGUUACUAUGAUCAUGAGAAAAACCUUUUCGAAAUCAACGGGCAUAAACUUGCUGUUACUUUGGAAGACAUUUUAUACAUAACUGGUUUGCCCAUUCGGGGCAAACCAAUUAUGAAAGCUUCUAAAGAAAAUGGGGCUUUCGAACGUGUUUUUGGAAUCAACAACAAAAAGCCUUGCAGUAUUAAGAGGCUGAAGGAGCUGGCGGGCAAUUCAAAUCUUGAUAUUGAUACUAGAGUGAAGGCAGCUCUACUGGUGUUAAUUGCCUGCGUUGUUAUCCCCACCGGUGACUCGCACACUAUAAAGGGAGAUUUUGUCAACUAUGUUGAAAGACUUGAGGAAGUUGACAACUAUGCAUGGGGAGCGUCUCUUCUCGCAUUCCUGUACAGUGGUAUUUGCAAAUGGAAGGUUGAUAAGCAAAAAAUUGUAAUCGAUGGCAACCUUUGGGUUGUAUUGGCAUUUUUUCUUAUCCGCAUUCCAGAUUUGGGAGAAGCUAUUGAUCUCAAUCUAAACUUGGAUGGGCAACAAGUACCUUUGCUGCUUCCAGUUGUGGAGGCGGUAAGCACAAUUUCCUACAACCACAAACCCACUUACCUAAGCAAAGUACAGAAAAUACUAGACACUCUUACUGAGGAGCAAAUAUGUUGGAAGCCGUACAAAUUAGAUCUUCAUCGUCCUAUACUGAGGGAUCAGAAAAUAUACAAGCUGCUUUUGGCCCCAAUUUGUUGUAUGAGUGCCGUACAUUACCAUACACCUCAUUAUGUCCACAAGCAAUUUGAAGAACUUGAGGUGGUAGAUGUUAAUCAAUUAAUGUGGAAACCACCCAUAUACAAGAAAAGAAAAGGUAACAGGGGACCGACUGCCCAAACGUUUUUAUCUGAUUUCGAGCUUCAACAGUGGAAUGAAGGGAGGCUGGUAAUCAACUAUCUGCAGGGGCAUGAAGACAAUGGUAGUGUUGAUCGACUCGGGAGGCAUUUAGAGAAUGUUAUGGAUAAUCAACCCGAUAGGCAUGUUGAUAAUGUUAUGGUUGAUCAACCUGAGGCUUCUAACUCUAGGGAUGUAGAUUCCUCAGUACAUGUUGAUCUACCCAAGACAUUUAUGGUUAAUCAAACUUGGAGGAAUGUAGAGAAUGUUAUGGAGGAUCAACCUGAGGGUCAUGUAGAUAUUCUUAUGGUUGAUCAAACUGAGACUUCUAUCUCUAGGGAUGUAGAUUCAGUAGUACAUGUUGAUGAUCAACCCGAGACAUCUAUUCAUGCAGAUACCCAAUUUGAGCCUCAUCGAGAUAGUAGUAUUUUGAAUAGAAGAUCACUGCUUGAUGACCCUGAGCUUGAGAUGAUGAUGCAUGUUGGCUAUGCUUCUGUUGAUGAAAAGGAAGAUUUUGAAGCCCAAAUAGUUGAGGAAGCAGGCAUUUCUCUUCCUGAUGGGUUUACUGAACUGGAAGUUAAUCAUUGUCCUGUCGUUGGAAACAAAAAUAAAAAUAAUUCCAACAAUACUGGACACUUAUUAUGGGAGACAGACAACAGCUGUCUGCAUAAUCUUGAUACUAGUGCUACUGAAAGUAUUGAUGAACCUCAAGAAAUACAAAGUGUUAUGGUUGAUCAUGACUGUGCAAAAGAAGCUAGUGUGGUUGAUGCUCUAUGUGAUUCAAUGGAAAAACAGGGUGAUGAGGUUGCUGUUUCUUCUAUUAAGGAUGAUAAGGAGGCAAUUCAAGAGCAUCAUGACAAGCCAUACUCGAAAUUAUCAGAUACAAUUAAGUCCUGUUCAAUCAAAGGAACUUCUGCUCCUUCCUCUAGCAUUAAGAAUGUCCCACCUAAUUUGCAAGCUUCUGAUGUAGGUCUACAAACUGUAUUUCUGCAAACUACUCCUCUGAUUAAUACAAGCAAUGCGACGGUAUCAUCUGCCCGGCAUUCUUGUGAUCCAAAGUCCAAAAAAAGGAAAAAUGUUACGACAGAGGUUGAGGAUCUUGACCACAUGUCUAUGCAUUUGCAAUCCCACCUAGUAUCAACUCCUGUUGUCAGCAACCAUAUGUCUCCCGCUGAUGCUACUGCAACCCCUGUUGUGAAUGUGCCAUUAACUACUGUUGAAAAAUCUGUUGAGUCUGUAUCUCCUCUAUCUAUUGCUGCAGCUGCCAGUGUUGGGUCAAAUGCUUCACUGCAAGCAAAACUGAUGGCUGAUGAAGCAUUGAUCUUUUCUGGUCAUGAGAGUUCUUGCGGAACUUAUUUUUCGGAGGGAAUGAGUAACUUGGGAAAAGCAACCCCUGCUUCCAUCUUAAAGAGUGCAAGUGGAAUCAAAAACUCUAGUUCUAUUAUUGGUACUGCAAUGGAAGCUUCAAGAAAGAGAUUCAAAGCUGCUUCAUUUGCCAUUAAACGAGCCGAAAAUGUGGAGGCUAUUGUGAAGGCUGCUGAGCUGGCAGAAGAAGCUGUAUCACAGGCUGGAAGGAUUGUCACCAUGGGUGAUCCUUCGCCGUUAAGUGGCUUGGUGGAAGCUGGUCCAGGGGGUUAUUGGAAGACAUUCCAAGAAUCUUCUCCGAUGAAUGUUGACAAAGUCGACAGACCAGAAACCUAUCAAAUUUCUAUCUGAAAUUUCUCAUCUAUGGUAAUGGGGAAGCAGAUUGCUGCAACUCAGGAGUCACCCUUUCAGAAGGUGCAUAAUGAGAUGUCACUAGACCAUGUGAGUUCAGUUGAUGGAAAUAUUUCAAAUGAAUCAAGGGGCUGCAGGGUUUCUAUUUUAGUCAAUCCCAAUGACGUGCUUCCUGAAUCUGGAGGAAAAUAACAUAAAAGAGGGCUCACAUAUAGAGGUUGUUUUAAUAACCCUUUUCCUUUCUUUUAGUGGUUUAGAUAAAUUAGUUGGAUUCAUGACUGCUGAAUUUAUUUUUUUUUGGGUUAUUUGUUAUCGGGAUUACUUUGUUGAUUAUUAGGUUCUGCUAUUCUGAACUUUACUUACUAUU